AUGUUGUUUUCUAGCGACGACGACUCGGAUACUCCGCCCCGUCAACAAGCUCCAUCAAAGCAAGGGAGAGGCGGUAAAAAAGGAGGAACAAGUGUUAAAGGAACAAGUGCUAAAGGCAUAAAAAAAGGAGGAACAAAGGGAGGUCAUGCUGGAACAAGUGCUGCUCGUGGUGGAAAAGGUCGAGGUGGAACAAGUACUCGAGGUGGACGUGGUGGAGGUAAAAAGACUCCACCUCAAGGUGCCAAAGGAAAAGGAGGUAAAAAGGCGAGAGUUGUUGAACCGGUGUCGGUUGACGAUUUGGAUGAGUUUCUGAACAAGUCCACGGGGGAGGACUCAAGUGAAUCAAGUGAAUGA